GUCCAUUCGGUGCAGCGAGGGAGAGACGGGUAACAACUAACAAAUAACUACCCAGUUCACCAAUCGGAAAAAGAGUUGGAUUUGGCAGAAAUGGCGGCUCCGUCUUCCGUUAAGCCCGGCGGCGACGCGCAGCUCUUCCAGGUCCUGCACGGCCUCCAGCACCUUGCUGAAACUCGCCGCUACAAGGCAUGGUUCCUGGAUCAAUUCGGUGUUCUUCACGACGGGAAACAGCCUUAUCCUGGUGCUAUUGCUACUUUGAACAAGUUGGCAAUAACGGGUGCGAAAAUGGUGAUCAUAAGCAACUCCUCACGUCGUGCGUCGGUUACUAUGGACAAGAUGAAGGCACUGGGAUUCGACACAUCUCUAUUUGCUGGAGCCAUCACUAGUGGAGAGUUGACAUAUCAACACCUGCAAAGGAGAGAUGAUGGUUGGUUUGCAGCCCUAGGAAAGUCAUGCAUUCAUAUCACCUGGAGUGACCGUGGAGCCAUAUCUCUCGAGGGCCUAGGAUUGCAGGUUGUGGACAGUGCCGAAGAAGCUGAGUUUGUCUUAGCACAUGGCACUGAAGCCUUGGGGAGUUCUUCUGGAGCCACUUCUCCUGCAACUCUCGAGGAGCUUGAGAAAAUAUUGGAGCACUGUGCUGCUCGAAAACUACCAAUGGUAGUAGCAAAUCCAGAUUUUGUAACUGUUGAAGCAAGGGCCCUCCGUGUGAUGCCUGGUACAUUGGCUGCCAAGUAUGAGAAGCUUGGAGGAGAAGUGAAGUGGAUGGGAAAGCCAGAUAAGAUAAUUUACCAGUCAGCGAUGGACAUGGCUGGAAUUUGUGCAUCCGAAUCGAUCGCAGUAGGGGAUUCUCUUCACCAUGACAUCAGGGGAGCCAAUGCAGCUGGGAUCCAGUCAGUUUUCGUGACUGGAGGGAUUCAUGCCUCUGAACUUGGUCUCGGAGCAUUUGACGAUGUGGCAGAUCUAUCAUCUGUGAAAGCCCUUGCGUCGAAGUACGACGCUUACCCUUCCUACGUCUUGCCAGCAUUUGCAUGGUAAAUGCAGGAUCAUGUCAGUCGUCUCGAAAGAUCAAGGGCGCCGUGCUCGAUGUUUAUGUUAUCUGUGCCGGUGUGCCCCCUUGCACGUUAUCAUGUAAGGUGUACUAGACAAACAACUUUUGAUCCAUUACAUUUAUAUGGUAACAUGUGCUAGGUGAAAUGAAAACAAAAGAGAAAGUAAUACAGUAUGAGACAUUUCUUUAGAGUGAAUUCUCUAGUAUAUUUACACUGCAAUAUGAUAUAAUGAGAUUGUAUACAUAAUAUCAAUGCUCGCCGCAGGCAAGCUCAGGGAAUAGACUCAAUUCUGGUGACGAACAGAGUAAUAUCGUCUUGCACUCCUGCUAAUCUCUUGCAUAUAUACACAAGAAGUACUUUAAAUUGGUGUAUGAAGAUUGUGUCUGUCAAGUUUUGAUUUGAAAUCAAUGAUUAUGGAUUAAGCAACAUGCGAGUAAGUAAUUAAAUAUAUGUGGGAUACAAGUGCAAGAAACCUUGCUGAAUUAUGGCUAGACUCCCAUGUCAAAGUUAGUGUCGUUACACGAUUAUAAGACCAGCAAUGUGAUUACGUAUAUAUGGUUAGAUUAAUACACUUCAUUGCUUUACAUACAACAUGCAAUUCAAAUUAAAUCACAUGUAUUGAUUCUAAUGAUCAAGGACUUUGAUAUUAGACAAACUACCAUAUGCUUUGGAUCAAAUGCACAUUUUAUAAUAUAAAUUAGAGCAACCUUUCGCAUCCUAUUUCUAAAAAAAGAUUAAUCUUUCUAUCAACGUUUAGUCAUAUUAUGAUUACGAGCAAACAACAUACUUUUCUAGCUCAUAAAUAAUAAGUGAAUGUGGUUAAAUAGAUACAUUUCCUUAUCAAUUCACAUUAAACAAUCUAAAUUAAACACAAAUACCGGGAAUAAGAUAAACAAUGAGUC